UAGUUCGCGUGCUUCUGCCGUUGCCUACAGUCGACUUACGCGAAGCGCUGGCCAUACAAGUUAGACAGGGACAGCACGAGAGAAAGAGAGUGUGGGAGAGCACGCUCGAGCACUUUCCAAUUGGCAAAACAGUGUGCAUUGCUGAGUAGGGGUGCAAUAAGGUGUUGCAUUAAACUCCAACGAUCAAAUAAAAAGAAAACGAAAAACAACAAUAUGUUGAUUUUGUACGCCAAGUAUACGCUUUUGCUUGGUUUAUUUGUGGGUCACAAUGAAAAUGAGCGGCUCCAAGAGGACAAGGCACUUCUCAAUGCGGCCGCCUGCUCCAAGCACUGCCUGGAAAACAAUAUUGCAAAGAAUUUUAGAGACUGCUUUGAUUACUGUCAAAAUGCUAACGAUACAACAAACUUAGCGCUACACAAAGUGCAGGAUAAUUUCCUUUUAAUGCUUGUUUGUCGCACCGAGUCUGCGCUCUCAUUUCGCAUUAAUUGGGUGCAACAUGACCGUGAGCAAGUCAAAAAUUCCAGUCAAAAGGACGCCAUGUUUAUGAUUAAGAUACAUGAGAAAAGUAAUCCUGAUACGAAGCGGUUGCAUUAUCUGUCAGAUGACAGCUUUUUCACCAUACCUGACUUGGAGGACAAUACCGAGUACUCGAUAACCGCCUUGUCCAUGCAACUUGAUGGCGGCUAUUCGAAUAUAGCCAACGAUGAGAGCUUUUCCACCUUGCGACGUGGCUAUCAGCCAAGUGCCAUGGGAGAGGUGCAGUUCCGUCGCUAUUACCAAGACCCCACCAAUUGGCGACGUAUUGCCGCCGAUGUUGAAUGGCAGUCAUCGGUGGACCGCAAUUGCCUGUUUGACAUAAUACACUAUUCCACGAAUAGCCACAGUCUAGGAGCUCCUAUGCCAGUGCACUUCCGAGAUCCAAGUCAACCCUAUGUUUACACAGUGUCCAACAUGAAGUUUGGCGAGCAGUUCCAAGUUGGCGUGCGCACCGUCAACGACAAGAAUCAUCUAGAGAGCGAGGUGCGUUGGCUUGUGCUCAAUGCACCCAACUGCUUGGAUUGGUAUAACUAUAACUACACUAUAUGCGAGCCUCUCAAGCCAAGCAAUUUGACCGUUUUGCAAUCGCAUUUCGAGCGUGAUGUGCUGGCUCUGAAUGUGAGCUGGGAAUUUCCCAAGUAUCUGCCGGACAACUAUACGCUGUAUGUGCUCGAUCUGCACAAGGAUGGCAAUCGGUCGCAAUUCUACGUAGAGCGCACGGCGAGUCAUUACUACAUCCCCAAUAUAACCAUACUAGGCAGCAGUUUCGAGGUGCAUCUUAUGGCACACACGAAAGGUGGCAAUAAUGCCACCAUGCGCAUGCUCACCAAGUUGCCGCUGGAGCCCUGGAUAAAAGUGAGCACCAUGGUCAAACUGAUGAUCUUUUCACCCAUUUUGUCCAUUUGCUGCAUCUUUGGACUCUUCUCCAUGAGAAAUUGUCGCCACAAUCGGCAUUUGGAGGACGAGGAGUUGAAGACGGCGCCCAAUCAGUCCACUGAUUUUCACCUGACAUUGGCCACGCUUGCUGUGGAGGAUAACUUUGAGCUGGAUGAUGAUCUUGAGGUGGAGCCACAUGCUGUGCUCCUGCAGGAUGUGCUUGGCGAAGGCGCCUUUGGACUGGUGCGACGCGGCGUCUACAAACAGCGUCAGGUGGCCGUCAAGCUACUCAAAGAUCAACCCAAUGAGGAGGAUGUGGAGGCUUUCCGAUGCGAAAUACAAAUGCUGAAGGCUGUGGGACGGCAUCCAAAUAUUGUAGGCAUUGUUGGCUACUCGACCAGGUGUAGCAAACGCAUGAUGCUGCUCAUUGAAUACUGCGGCUUGGGUAGCCUACAGAGUUUCUUACGCGACGAAUGGAAAUUUCGUCAGGAGCUCUGUUUACAGAGUAAACAUACAAAAUCAGAUAAAAAGUCAGUGGAACGGCUGCUGGAAUACGACACACGCAUCGAGGAUAUUAACAGCUCUGUGCUGUCCACAUUGGAGGAGGAAACCGAGUCAGAUCUUUCGACAAUUGAUUCUUAUCGUCUUGGAAAGGGUUGCGUCUUUGCUGCCGACAACAAGUCCUAUGGACUGCAGGACAUUGAAAACAUUGAUGCCAAUCCACCGGCAGCGCCUCCAACGAAUCUGAAGCGCCCCACUAAGCAGCAGCCAAAGCCUUUUAAGAAAUGCAUUGUUAGUUUUGAGAAUCAAGAAUACUUUCAGCCCACGGCAAUGGACGCGCAGUUGACAACUAAGCGGGAACCUUUGAAAUAUGCCGAUCUGCUGGACAUUGCCCAACAGGUGGCUGUUGGAAUGGAUUUUCUGGCGCAAAAUAAGAUUGUCCAUCGAGAUUUGGCAGCGCGUAAUGUCCUUAUCUCACUGGAUCGCACCAUUAAGAUUGCGGAUUUUGGACUCAGUCGUGAUGUGUACCAUGAGAAUGUGUAUCGCAAGUCCGGUGGCAGCGGCAAGCUGCCAAUCAAAUGGCUUGCCUUGGAAUCUCUCACUCAUCAGGUCUACACUAGCCAGAGUGACGUCUGGUCAUUUGGCGUACUGCUCUAUGAAAUCAUAACUCUGGGCGGCAUGCCGUAUCCCUCAAUCUCGCCCAGAGAUUUGCUGCAACUGUUGCGUCAAGGUGUGCGCAUGAAGCGACCCGACGGUUGCUCGGAUGACUUAUUCGCUUUGAUGGAAAGCUGCUGGUGCUCCAUACCCGCUAAUCGGCCGACAUUUUCUGAUCUUAUGCAGCGCCUCGGAGUCAUGCUUUUGGCUACCAAAGAAGUGCCACAACGGCUGCUGCAACAACUUAAUUCCCCAGAGCACUGCCAAUUGGAAAAGCAAGCGCCCAAUGAUCCGCACUAUUUACAACCCUUACACUAGUUCGGAUUUAUUCAGGUCUUUUAAUUGUUUACUGUGCAAUACAUUUUAAGUAAAUAGUUGGAUUUGUGAUUAGUCUCCUUUUUUGUAUGUAUUCAGAUCCUUUUUAUAUUAACAAAACCCACUUAACAAAGCUAAAUAGCUUUCAAAUAUUAUAUGUAAGCAUCGGAAACAUUCCCAGCGCUAAUAAAACAUUAAUAAAUACAUAUUUUCUGUAAUACGUAAUCGAAUAAUAUUCUGGAAUACUCUAAACUUAAAAUCAGAUCUUAGUAGCUAUCUUGACUUGUAUGUUUCAAAAUUCAAAAGCCCCAUAACAAAAUUGUUUGGAAAUUCUCUAGGAUAAACAUACGUUGUAGUUUUGAAAUAACAGAGCUUAGAAAUGUGCCAACACUGCUGCCGCAUGGCAUGGACCACUUGUGAGCCCAUUCCCUAUGCAUGUCCACUCUGCCCAGUGCGGCAGGUUUCGGAUCGUUGUGACUCGCUGGGCCGAGGGGACGGAAGGCGGCAUCGUUAUGGCCGACGACAUCAGAAAGCUGUGACGCAUGUGGAGAGUCAAAUAUGCAGGGGCAUCUCGGAACUCUAUGACCAUGUGGUGGCUGCCAAACACAAUGCAAAAACUUCAAAGCGAAAAGCUCGGAAGCCUAAAGAAACACGUUUACAGCCCAGAGUAAAAUUUCAACUGGAUGAGAAAAAUAUUCCAGUUCUCUACAGGGAGACCAGCAUAGAUGCUAGCAGAUGGACAUGGUCACCACGUGACUUCGUUGCAGAUAACAGUGAGACGUUGACAACAAAAUCACGUUCCCGUCCAUUGCCAACAACCAGAUCACAUAUGUCGCCAUAUGUUUGAUGACCUAAUUAAUUCAAUUGGGUAAUGACUGCACGUUUCAUAGUUGUGUUAUGCAAAAGAACAAAUAAAACAAAUUAAUCGAAA